CUCACUUAUUCACACAAAAGCAAAAAUGUACGACUGCCGAACACAAGGCGGCCACUUCUUCGUCUCCCAACCCUCUCUCCUAGCCCGCCAUUGCAACCAUUGCUCGAAAUCAAUGUCGCACCCCUACCGCUGCAUACUCGAGAAAUGCGGCUACCUCGCUUGCGAAUACUGCUCGACGAGCAUAAACGCCAAUCUAAACGAAUUCCACAAGUCGCGAGAAUUAGCGAAAGCCAACGGGUUACCACUUCCUUCACCACCCUCAAGAAAUUCCCCGCCCCCUGCCACCUCCCUCACGAGGGGUGAUGACGGUGACGCCGUCGUUGGCCGGCCACGACGGGGGACCGUGGAGAGCGUUAUUGGCGCAAUUGGCUCCACGAAUUUGGGGGGUGCAGAGGCGAGUAGUGAUGGAGGUGCCGCGCUGGGAGUCGGGAUUAUUGAGGUAGACGAUAACGUUCGGGAUGAGGACUACGAGCCCCCAAAACGACCCUUCACCAGAAGCGCCGCUAUGGCUGCGGCGUUAGCUGCUACACGACAUGGAUUGGGUCGAGCCAGGACGCGGAAUCCCAACUUUCGGCCGGGGACGGGGGAAGGUGAGGGUGGUUAGCGUGCUGUCUAUUAUUUUCCGGUUGACAGUUGAUUGAUCAUUGAGAGGUGCAGGAUCGGCGGAGAAAGGAAGCUAACGGGGAUGAACGAUUGGCACUACC